CGCCGAGAGCGGAAGUGCCCUGUGGGUGGGCGGCGCCGGCCUUAGCAGCAGGAGGCGCCGCUCCGCCGGCGGCCCGAAGAAGCAGCAAGAGGCGGAGGCAGAGGAGGCGCCGCCGCCCCCCGCGCUGGCGCGAUGCUGUUCUCGCUGCGGGAGCUGGUGCAGUGGCUGGGCUUCGCGCCCUUCGAGCUGCUGCUGCAGGCGGUGGCGCUGCUGGCCGCCUCGGUGCUGCUGGUGCUGAAGGCGGACGGCGGGGCGCCCGGGCUGAGCUGGUGGGGGGUCUUCAGCCCCUUCUUCGCCGCCGACGGGCUGAGCACCUACUUCACCACCAUCGUCUCGGUGCGCCUCUUCCAGGACGGCGAGAAGCGGCUGGCCGUGCUGCGCCUCUUCUGGAUCCUCACCUUGCUCAGCCUCAAGUUCGUCUUCGAGAUGCUGCUGUGCCAGAAGCUGAGCCAGAAGAGCGACGAGCUGUGGUUCGGCCUCAUAAUGUCGCCCGUCUUCAUCCUCCUCCAGCUGCUCAUGAUCCGCGCCUGCCGGGUCAAUUAGGGGCUGGGUGGCUGGCGCCGGCCGCCCUGCAUCCCCUGGCGCUCCCACGUGGGCGCAGGACCUGCGUGUGGCGCUUGGCAAAGGUCGCCGAGGCACCAGGCUGCUUCUUUGGGCACACUGCACUUGCCUCCGAUCGGGCUGGCUGCAUGGCAUAGCCCUGCCUCCAGUGUUCCAGGAUAAGGCACUCGCUGAAGGGGACAGCUGACUUUCAUCCUGGCAGCAAAGUUUUGGAGGAACGAACUUUGGGGAUGUGGGGUGGGAAUCCCCAUGUCUAGACUGGUGAAACUCUCUUGCACUUAUGGAAUCCACAAAACUGAUCCAAGCACAGCUCCUUACGCUGUUCUUUUCAUUGGACUUGAAACCUAUCUCCAGUCUCUAUGAUGCCAUCAAACCUGAGCAGGGUCUGAUUAAGACUGUUAUUUAAGAAUAAAAAUAGUUAGCUUAUAAGUGCUGCUUCACACAAUCCAGAAUAUGAUUUAUGGGACUCGCUUCCACAAGAUGUGGCAAUGCCCAGUUGCUCAGAGAGGUCUUUGAAGUGGGAUUAGCUGCAUGCAUGGGGAAGGAGAGCCUUCCAGGGGCUGUGAACCCUGGGGGCCAUAUCCAACCUCCAUGUCCAGAAGCAGCAUGUCACUGAA